CCAGGGGGGCGCGCCAUCUUGUUGUCGGAGGAGGGGUGGAAAAACCAGCUGCACCCGGGUGCAUCUCCACCACCACGGCCGGCAUAACAAGAAAAGCACAAUACGGCUAACCGGCCCCUUUCCCUUGUGGUGAGAAGGCGCUGAGACGAUGUUUUAUGCCCACUUUGUCCUUAGCAAACGUGGGCCGCUGGCCAAAAUCUGGCUGGCGGCCCACUGGGACAAGAAGCUGACCAAGGCUCAUGUGUUUGAGUGCAAUCUGGAGAGCAGCGUAGAGAGCAUCAUCUCACCCAAGGUGAAAAUGGCUUUACGAACAUCAGGGCAUCUGCUGCUGGGGGUGGUGAGGAUCUACCACAGGAAGGCCAAGUACCUGCUGGCAGAUUGUAACGAGGCGUUUAUCAAGAUCAAGAUGGCGUUUAGACCAGGUGUGGUGGAUCUUCCUGAGGAGAACAGAGAAGCAGCUUACAACGCUAUCACGCUGCCUGAGGAGUUCCAUGAUUUUGACCAGCCUCUCCCAGACCUAGAUGAUAUUGACGUUGCUCAGCAGUUCAACUUGAACCAGAGCAGAGUGGAGGAGAUCACCAUGAGAGAGGAGGUGGGAAACCUCAACCUGCUGCAGGACAAUGACUUCGCUGACUUUGGAAUGGACGACCGGGAGAUGAUGCGGGAGGAGAGCGCAUUCGAGGUGGACAUCAUGGGAGUGUCAGCUUCCAACCUGCUGCUGGAGGCCGAGGGUGGAGCUAACGCGAUGGCCGACAAGUCCAACCAUCUGGAGUACGAUGGCCAGUACAAAGAUGACUUUGGAGACAAUCCCAUGGAGAGCAAUGAGGGAGGCAUGCUGGUGGACAAGCUGCUGAGUAACAACGAAGGAGACGGCAUCUUUGACGACCCUCCCGCCAUCGCAGAGAGUGUGAUGAUGCCUCCGGACCAAGGAUGCGAUGACGACGACUUUGAUGCUCUCUCUGCGGGAGGCCCAGAUAGUCCAGACUCAGGCCCAACAGAGCCCCUACCAGCCAUGGCGGACCAGACAGAACAGACCAUCCUGGUUCACAACGAGGAAGAAACCUUCGCCCUGGAGCCGAUUGACAUCACAGUGAAGGAGACCAAGGCGAAGCGUAAGAGGAAGCUGAUUGUGGACAGCGUGAAGGAGUUGGACAGUAAAACCAUCCGCGCACAGCUCUCUGAUUACUCUGACAUAGUCACCACCCUGGACCUGGCACCCCCCACCAAGAAGCUGAUGAUGUGGAAGGAGACGGGAGGAGUCGAGAAGCUUUUCUCUCUCCCUGCUCAGCCUCUCUGGAAUGCUAGGCUGCUUAAGAUGUUUACAAGGUGUCUUACACCACUGGUGCCAGACGAGCUGAGGAAGAGGAGGAAAGGUGGAGAGGCCGACAGUUUGGAUGAGUUCCUCAAGGAUCUGGAGAACCCGGAGGUGCCCAAAGAGGAAACGACAGCACACCAACAGAGAGACAUCAUGGACCAGACCAUCUUGGAGGAGGCCAGUGUUCUGCAGACUUCAGCUGUGGAAGGCAGCAGGACGACGCUGGACGAGUCGAUCAUGCCCCCUCCAUCCUCCCAACGUGGCCUCAAACGCAAAGCCCAGGACACAGAACCAGCCCUGCCUAUGGGAGCUUUGGACCAGCAGCAACAGCCGGAGGAGUCCCAGCAGCUGGAGGCCUCCAAUGUGGAUCUGCCCCCAGAGGAAACCAUGAACAUCAGCCAGAUGAUAGAGUUGGACCUGCUUGGCGACAAGGAAAGGAAGAAGAGCGAUAACGACUCUGAUGAAGAGGAGGAGGAGGAGGAGGCGCAGGGAGGAGAUCAGGACCAGGAGGAGAGGAGGUGGAACAAAAGAACCCAGCAGAUGCUCCAUGGCCUCCAGAGGGUGAUGGCCAAAACAGGCGCCCAGUCGGUCGGUCUGCUGGAUCUGUGCAGGAACAACAACAAGAAGCAGGCGGCUGCUAAGUUCUACAGCUUCCUGGUUCUGAAGAAGCAGCUGGCGGUGGAGCUCGUGCAGGAGGAGCCUUACAGCGACAUCGUAGCUACGCCCGGACCUCGCUUCCACAUCAUCUAGAAAACACAACUUUUGUCUGAAAAGGACAAAGAAAACUCCACAGUGUACACCCAACACUGCGUGUCUGUUAAGUUUUAUUAAUUCAUUUGAGUUUGUUUUGUGUACAAUGUGGAGUUUUAUCUUCUGUCUGCAAUAUUUAAAAUGGUGGGAGGAAAAUGUCUCAAUUACAUGGUUGGAUUAUAAAAAGGAUUCUUCCUUGACAACUUC